UCCUCUUUACCCCCACUCACCUCGUAACCGUAAUACUACUCAUUCAGUCAUACUCCCCCCCCCUGUUUAUAGCUCUAAUACCGGAUUUUUAUUAAACCUGCCACCCUUUUUAAAAUUUAAAAUAAACGAAAAAUAAUUCUCUAUUAUUUUUUAUUAUUUUUCGAGGAAUUAUUAUAAGGAAGCAUCUAACCCACUUUCUUUUCCCCUUUUUCAUCUCUUUCUCUCUCCUGCCCUCACCAAUUCCCGGUCUGCCCGCCCACCCAUCCAUCCACCAUGGACCCACCACCUCCACCCAUAUCCACCACCACCACCCUUCCCCCCACCACCACCACCACCGCCAACUACGCAGACUCAAUCGACUCCUCCCCACGCUCACGCGCCACUGACUUCGACGAUCCAUUCCAAUCCACCACAUCCUCCACAACAACCGCCAACAAACUCCGCCUCAUGUGCAGCUACGGAGGCCACAUAGUCCCUCGCCCACACGACAAGUCUCUCUGUUAUGUCGGAGGUGACACUCGUAUGGUGGUUGUCGAUCGUACCUCCACCCUUCCCGAACUCACCGCCCGCCUCUCCAAAACCGUCCUCAGCGGCCACCCUUUUACGCUCAAAUACCAGCUUCCUAAUGAAGAUCUAGACUCUCUCAUCACCGUCUCCUCCGAAGAAGAUCUGGAUAACAUGAUCGACGAGUAUGAUCGUCUCGUUGCUAAUUCCAGCGUCGGGAAACAAUCUAGGGUUCGUCUUUUUCUCUUUCCUACCAAACCCGAGGGGGCCACUUCUAUUGGGUCUAUAUUAGAUGGGUCAAAUAGGUCCGAGGAUUGGUUUUUGAACGCGUUGAAUGGGGCUGCUGCGCUUCAGAGAGGGUUUUCGGAUCCUAGCUCGGUUAAUUGUUUGUUGGGGUUAGAUGAGAAUGGGAACUUAAACAAUUUGGGGAGUAGUUUCGGGAAUUCGGGGUUGAAUAAUGAUAAUAAUGAUGGUAAUAUUGGUGCGAGUAGUAGUAAUUUGAAGGAGAUGGAAAUGGUUGGUUAUGGAGGAGAGGGUAAUAAUAAUAAUAAGGUGGGGAAAAUGGGGAAUUUGAAUCAGAGUAAUCAGGAUAUACAUUCCGUACCGGAUUCUCCAAUUAUUGAGAACCAUUCUUCGUUUGGGUCGACGUCUUCAUCGCCUUCGCUGGCGAAUUUGCCACCGAUUAGGGUUCAUGUCGACGAAGGGAGUGUAGGAGGGGGGGUUAGGGUUUUGGAGCAGAGGAUGGGAGGUGGGAUUGAAGAGCAGUUUGCUCAAAUGGGAGUGAGUGUUCAGAAACAGGUUGUGGAUGAUCAAGGUUAUAUGGUUCUUUCUUCGACUCCUACAGGUGUUCCUGCGGCUUUGAUGUCUGGGAUUCCUGCAUUAGGAGGACAGGGAGUGGGGGGCGGUGGUGGGGAGUUUGCGAGUCGGGUGUUUUCGGAUGAUGAGAGAUCAGACCAUGGGGGUAGAAAACAACAGCAACAGCAGCAGCAGCAGCAGCAGCAGCAAAUGGGUAUGGGACAGCCUAUGAUGAUGAGUUCACAAGCCCAACAGAGGCAUUUAAGUGGUGGUGAAUUGCCUUCUCCUGAUUCUGUUUCUAGUGACAGUAGCUUCUCGAACUCUCGACAAAAACCCAUCAUGUAUCAAGAUCCAAGUGCUCAGUCGGGAUCUGGAAGCAAUAGGCUCCCACAGAACAUGGUUGAUCCAAAUAACCGGCAGAAUAUGCAACAAGUUUCAGAAAAUGGGUAUGCAUUGCCUCCUCAAUACGACCAGCACCAACAGCAUAUGCUCCAGCAGCAACAGUCGCAGCACCAACAGCAGUUGAUGCAGCAACACCACCAGCAGCAGCAGCAGCUGCAGCAACAGCAACAACAGCAGCAACAACAACAGCAGCAGCAACAACAAGCACAAACUCAGCCACAGUCCCAGCAAUAUAUUCCUGCUGGUGGACAUUAUGUACACCACCCCUCUCCUGGUGGGAUGCCAAUGCAAGCGUAUUAUUCUGUAUAUCCUCCUCAGCAGUCACACCAUCAACAAUAUCCUGUAUAUUAUGUGCCUGCUGGGCAAGCUCAAGGUUACAGUUUACCUGUGCAUCAGCAACAGCAACAGCAACAGCAACAGCAACAGCAGCCUCCAAGUCUUGGUGAAGCAGCAACUUCCAAUCCUUCUAAUCGCCCUCAAACCCCACCAAACCCUUCUAUAAUCACCUCAGCUUCAGCCUAUAACCCUCCCAGGAAUGUUGUGCCCCCUCCAAAGCCUGACAUGAAUCAUGUUGUCUACAGAACAGCCACUGCAGCAGGUCCACAGCUCGUUCAAGUCCCGUCAAGUCAGCAUCAACCCCCUCAGUCACAACCUCAGUCUCAGCCUCAGCCUCAGCCUCAGCCUCAUCAGCAACAACAAUUUAUGGGUUAUUCACAUUCACAGAUUCAUCACCCAUCGCAAUCCAUUGCUCCCGGUUCAGCUGCUGGUGGUGGUGGUUUUGCAUAUGAGUUUUCAGAUCCUGCUCAUGCUCAAAUAUAUUAUUCUCAGGCUCUACCGCCUUCCCUGGCUGCUCAAUAUCAAGGUAUGACAUCAGGUCCUGCAAUGGUGUUGCCGGAUGGUUCUCAGCUUCCUAAUGAAAAUGUCAAGCAGCAGAUUCGGAGCUAGCCGCCGUAUCACAGAAACAAUUUUGAAGCAAGCCUUGGAAUUUGGUACGAGUAUACAUUAAUUUACUGUUUAUUUUCCGUCUAUCUUUAUUAUUUUUUCAGCAUUGGUGUGCCGUGUGUAUUUCAUAUAGGGAAUAAGUUGGGGCUUCUUGUAUCUUAUAUCGCCAUUUCAAUGCUAGUAUAUAGAAGUGAACUGAGACCAUACUGUAAAAGCUCAAAUUUAUAUAUCGUGUUUGUUUUA